AUGGCGCCAGUCGACACUCAGCCGCUGUGCCACCUCGGCGCCGUUUCUCGACAGCCUGACCCCCAGCGCCCAGAGCCACAAGGCUUCGUCACAUCGGUCGCACCCGUUGCCGUCGAAACGAACGCGAGUGCACAGGAUGCGGUGCCGCCUGUCGGCCUCACGGUGCUUGUUGCCCCUGAUGACCCCGCAUUCGACGUCGUCUUUGUUCACGGAUUCACAGGGCACCCGAAGCGCACCUGGCUCCACAGCAGAAGCCCGCGGUUGCCAUGCGAGUCCGGAGAUGGCGAGAGCAGCAGAACCUCGUCGUCACGCUCUAGUCGAAUCAGGGGAUUCUUAUCGCCAGUCUUCAAGCCACACAAGCGAUACCGGGAGGUCUACUGGCCCCAGGAGCUUCUCUCAGAGACGGCGCCGUCGGCGAGGAUCGCGACCUUCGGAUACGACACCAAUAUCAAGCAUCGAUUUCAUGGCCAAAUCAGCCAAAACAGCGUGUACGACAUUUCACGAGAUCUCCUCGUGUCGCUCACCUCUGUCCGGACGAGCAGCAGCGCGGACGACAGGCCUCUGAUCUUCGUCGCACACAGCCUUGGGGGCAUCGUGGUCAAGGAGCUGCUGCGGCAGUCUCGGGGGUACACGACGCAUCAGCGGCAUCUCCACUCGGUCUUCCUGUCCACUCGCGGCGUCAUCUUCUUCGGCACUCCACACGGGGGAUCUGACCCCCGUGGUGUGCAGCGGGCUUCUCGGUCAAAGGACAAUUGUCAACACCCUACUCCCCAGCUCUGA